CAUACUCUGAAGAAGAAACCUUGACGGUUUAUUUCCUGGUAGCACAACAGUCUCCUACUGUUCUUGUCGAUAUUUUCUCUCAUCGUCUCAUUUCUAGCUGUUUAUUUGGACCAAUAUGUUUAAAGGGUUAGGGACGUGGUUGGGUUUGGAGAACCCGACGUACACGACGACGUCGGAUGACAAGGAGAGCCUGAAUGUGGAGCAAGAAGAGAAGGUGGUAGAAGAACAAAACGAGGUAAACAAACAGCAACCAGCUGACCAGAAUGGAGAAUCCGAGGGGAACCAGGAACAGCCUGGUCAGAGCAAAGGAUUUGGUGAUUACAUCUUCAGUUUUGCCUCCAACGCCACCAAGAAGAUUUCAGAGUCUGUGGUAGAGACCGCGCAGACCAUCAAGAAGACAGUGGAGGAAGGGAAGAUCGACGGCAUCAUGGACAAGACUUUUCUUGGAGAUUUCCAUAAGGAGCAAGAGAAAUUUGUACAAGAAAAAAAGGCCAAAAAAUCAGAAGCAGCAGUGCCUCCCUGGGUUGGCUACAAUGAGGAGGAGACAAUCCAGCAACAGAUCCUCGCUUUGUCCGCUGACAAGAGGAACUUCUUGCGGGACCCUCCAGCUGGUGUUCAGUUCCACUUCGACAUGGAGCAGAUGUAUCCUCUGGCUACAGUCAUGCUGGAGGAAGACCAGCUCCUCAAUCGCAUGCGCUUCGACCUGGUUCCUAAACAUGUGAAGGAGGACGUGUUUUGGAGGAACUAUUUCUACAGAGUGUCUCUGGUUAAGCAGUCGGCUCAGCUGACAGCGCUGGCAGCCCAGCAGCAGCAGAAGGACGGUGGGGACAGCGAGGACAGUGGUUCACCUGAGCAUGUUGUCCUAACAGACAAGGUCCGACCAAAAACGCCUCCUGUUUCCAUGCAGAAGCCACCGCAUGAGGAAGAGGAGGAGAUUUCAACGAGUCCCGGAGUGUCUGAGUUUGUGAGCGAUGCUUUCGAUUCGACAGCCAUCAACCAUGAAGAUCUGAGGAAAGAGAUGGAGCAGCUGGUGCUGGACAAGAAGGACAGCACCCCUUCUCCUGAUAAUGAGCCCGCGGACUGGGAAAAGGAGCUGCAGCAGGAGCUCCAGGAGUACGAGGUUGUGACUGAGCUGGACAACAAGGAUGACCAGUGGGAUCAAGAGAUCGAGAAGAUGCUCCAGGCUGAUGACAGCUAAGAAAAUGGCCGUUUUUUACCUUCACAUGUGGUGAUCGUGUGGUUUUGAAAGAACAGAGACCAGUGAUGCUCAAGUGAGGAUAAAUACCUACAAAUCCUCUGCUCCACAGAUAAAUGAUGAAGUGAUAUUAAGCCAGUCGGAGUAAGAAUGUCCCUGCUGGAGGCAGCAGCUGCGGCUAGGAGCUUUAGUGAAGUACUACUUUCUGAUUUUAGUUGUAUCUACUUGCUUCCCUGCACUCGCUGUCUUCUUGAAUAAAAGGAGAAGGCCUCUAGAGGGUGCUCCAGUACAAGUUUCAUCUCUUUUACGAUUCACAGGGCCUCUCUGUAUUCAGAUUUUAUCUUUGCUUUUGCUGGUGCUUCCUGGUUGGUUGUACAGUUAGAUCUUGAUAACACUGUAGUACAGUAAGAGUCAAAUGUAAAAUUAAAAUGUAUAUAAAUGAAGAGGGUUGUAACGCCACACGAGGUUACUUCUCCUUCAUUACAUCACUUUGUCUAUUUAAGGCACAUGUUGAUCAGCUGUUGUGUGCAUGUCUCCUUUACGUUGUACUGUACAUUUCUCUGUUUUCAUUUCUUUAUAUUCUUUAAUAAAUACUAAUAAUAUUA